AUGUUACGGAGACAAGAGACCUCGAACGAGGAUUCCUACCUGAGCGCGGGCAGGCCGUCGAACCUGCUGCGUACCAGCUUCAGCAGCGUCAAGCUAGAGACUCUCUAUCGUGCCUCGUCGCUUCAACAGAGACGCGGUGGCCUCAAGUACUUCCUGCUCUCUGUGCUCCUCUACGGUGGACACACGUUAGUCUCGCCAGGUCAGGAGCUUCCAGCUAGAGGAUGCACCGCUGUGUUCCUGGGCCUGAAUAUAGGCCUGGUAGCCUGGGCAGCGCAGAAUCCUCGAGGAAAGGAUGCGCUCUGGUCGGUGGUCCCUCACGUGGCCUGGGGGCUGUCCACCGCACAGCUACUCGCUCAGCUGUUCCUCAAGCCCACCGAGGUCACGCCUACGGACGGUCUAGGCUGGCUCUUGCUGCUCUUCUACCUGCUCUUCGCCACUUUGCCACUCAGGCCGCUCCUCUGCGGACUACUGGCGCUCACCACAGCGUUGUCCUACCUCGUCACCGUCGUGGGCCUGUCCAGAGUUCAUGUGCAGAAUAUCAUCGAUGGUUUGGUACUGGCAGUGAACCUUUCCUUGUGCGCCACGCUUCUGGGUAUCUGCAGCUACUUCCUCACAGAAUUCCAGCAACGUCGAGCAUUCCUGGAGACCAGACAAAGCCUGGAAGUUCAGUUAGUGAUCGAGGAGCAAAGUGCAGAGCAGGAAAGGCUGUUACUCAGCGUACUUCCGAAACACGUGGCCGUGAUGAUGAGACAGGACCUUGGAGCUUCGUUGGACACACAAUUCAAGAAGAUCUACAUGUCCAGGCACGAGAAUGUCUCCAUCCUGUACGCUGACAUCGUUGGAUUCACUGCUAUUUCCUCAACGUACAGUGCCAGUGAACUGGUGAGGAUUCUGAACGAGCUGUUCGCCAGAUUCGAUCAACUCAGCGAAAGGUACGAACAGCUGCGGAUCAAGAUCCUAGGCGACUGCUACUACUGUAUCAGUGGAGCACCGGUGGAAAGGCCAGACCACGCCGUCCUCUGCGUGUACAUGGGCCUGUCCAUGGUGGAGGCGAUCAAGUACGUGCAACAAACGACCAACAGCCCUGUCGACAUGAGGGUGGGAAUACACACUGGUGCUGUUCUAGCCGGUGUCCUAGGCCAAAGACAGUGGCAAUUCGAUGUUUACAGCAAGGACGUCGAGCUGGCGAAUAAGAUGGAGAGCAGUGGAAUGGCGGGGAGAGUGCACAUUUCGAACACGACACUGAGCUUCCUCAACGGCGAGUUUGAGGUCGAACCGUCGCACCGCGAGGACAGAGAAGAGGCACUUCUGAAGGCUGGUAUCGUCACUUACUUCAUAGUACGCGCGUUGAAACCCUUCAAGCCAGCUGUAACCAAGAGUCUUGCCUCGCUCACGUACGCGGAGAACUCCAGGAAGACGAUGGAGAACAGCACAGAGGACUCGGAGGAGUUCAGGAAGAGGCUGAGGAAGGAACUGGACAGCAAAGGCGGUGGAGCAGACUUGAAGGGUCACGCGAAUUGGAUAACGCUGAUUUUCAAGGACAAGAAGGUAGAAACCGCGUUUAACAACGCCGAGGAAGCAUUUUCCCCUCUAUCGUUGCUUGGUGGACCAUUAGUGGUGGUCUGCGCUGCCCCAGUUUGGAAGGCUCAGCCCUGGGGACCUUUCACGUGGGGCGGUAUUGGAGUGGUGGUGCUGUUCGCCAUAGUUUUGGCCGGUGCCACCUGUUUGGGUAGCGCUGUUAAGGCAAUGUGGCUCAAGAGAGCUCUUGCCUUCUUGAUGGUCCUCUCCCUCGGUGGUUUCCAGCACCUAGAUAUGUUGAACUGCGUGUUCAUCGAAGAGGUGAUACCGCCCCUGAACGGGACGUUAGGCCUUUCCACGAAGUGUCCCCAUCCUUCCUAUUACUCGUACAUCGGUGUCCUAACGCUGAUAGCGUUCUCGAUGCCAACCUACCUGUGCUACCUGGGCAAGGCGUACCUCAUGUACUGCCUCGCGGGUGUUCAGUGCUUUAUCAAUGUCUGGGUACUUGGACCAAGGCUCGACUGGGAGGAUUACGCUUCCACUCAUCACGAACCGUCCGCCCUUUCAUCGAAAUAUGGCCUGUCUGUCACGCUGCUUAUCGUGGCCACCUCUCUCCUUAUCGUGUCUAGAUACGCAGAGAAGUCGCGGAGGAUGCUGUUCCUGAGGGGAAGGGAGGUGGCGGCGCAGAGGGAAAGGGCGGCGGACAUGAAGAGGAGGAACGGCGCCCUCAUCUACAAUAUCCUGCCUCCGCACGUGGCCGCCUAUUUUCUUUCGAGGGCGAGGCACCACGACGACCUGUACAGUCAAAGCUACGCGGAAGUGGGCGUCUUGUUCGCCAGCAUGCCAAACUUCGCCGAUUUUUACAGCGAGGAGAGCAUCAACAACCAGGGUCUCGAGUGUCUCAGGUUUCUAAACGAGGUCAUCUCUGACUUCGACGCGAUCCUCGAUCAGAACAAGUUCAAGGACAUCAUCAAGAUCAAGACAAUAGGUUCGACGUACAUGGCAGCGUCUGGAAUCACAGAGUCAGCAGAAUCUGAGCAUGCUCCACGAUGGGGCCAUCUAUCCACCCUCGUUGAAUUCGCUCUGGAGUUGAAGAAAGCGUUGUCGAGCAUCAACGAGCAGAGCUUCAAUCACUUCGUCCUGAAAAUGGGCAUCAAUCACGGUCCCGUAACUGCCGGAGUAAUCGGGGCCAGGAAACCUCAUUACGACAUCUGGGGGAACACUGUGAAUGUGGCCUCUAGGAUGGAGAGCACUGGGAAAGUAGGCUGCAUCCAGGUCACAGAUGAGACCAGGAAGAUCCUCGAGCCAUUUGGAUUUGGCUUCGAGGAACGUGGCCUGGUGUUCGUGAAAGGCAAGGGUGAGCUGCUCACCCACUACCUGGUGUCCAAGUAUGGCGUGUCCUUAAACCUGGACAGCGAUCUGCCCGUCGAACCCACCUAUCCGAUCAUCUACCAGUAGGCUAAUACUCGAAGGCUCUAAAACAAUCUUGAACACGCGGAAACUGUUCCUCGUUCACGAAGGGACUUGUCGUCGCCAGGCAAGGUUUCUCUCUCUCGAUAAAAAUCCUCCAAGAGGCUGUUCGAGAACGAAUGAAGAACGAAAUAAAUGAAUUGCUACACGAGGCCUUGAUAAUCGAAUCCUCGUGUCUAA